AUGCUCGUAAGCACGGCCAACCCAAAUAGAGGUCAAAUCGAGCGCUUGGACGGAUUUCGAGCGGCCAUUUUGGAGGGCCAUAGUUCGUCAAAGACUCGAGUUAUCAACAAUUUGGAGUCUGUCGAGCACAUCAAUGUUUCGAAGAAGCAUUCUGUGCUUUACCGAGCUAUCAGUUCUGCUUUGAGUAGAUUGGAAAGCGAUACAAACGAAGAAUUCAAGGCGCUCCCAGCAUACAUGGCGUUGUUCGCAGAACAAAACGAAGUUCACAUUCGGUUUAACACCGUCGACAAAUUCGAGAAGGUCGAUGUGAGAAAAGACAAUGUCAAUCAGCACAUAAUGCGCUUGCAAUCGGCUCGCACAGUACGUGAAUAUGAACGGAACAUCGAAACUUUGAAGGAGAUGUUUCCGGUUGGAAUACCGUCAGGUAGUGGUGGAAAACCCACGGAGGAAUUUGUGUGGACGUACCUGCAGAAGAUUCACCCGACUAGCUGGACAGUCUUGGGCAACAGUGAUUUGAGCGAAGGUGAAACUGCGUGGCUCAAGGAGAAUUGGAAAGAUACGUCUUCUUAUGGAUCCGGCCUUCCUCUUUUUGGUAAGCUAUUCGACGCCGAACAGAAGCAUGUUGCGAAGCUUACAGUGUUGCCGUCUCAAAUCGGCUGCUUUUAUGUAUUCGACCCAUUUGACCGCAGCGAUGUUGCUUCGGCAACGAAAAUGUUUGAGACCAACAUGAUUUCGGGGAAAUGUCGGCCGUGCCGCGUUUCGGAACAAUUAGAAAUUCCGUGUCGCCAUAUCCAGGCUGUUCUCUUUGACUUGGAGAGACGCAAUCCUGGCAAGAUUCCUGUGUAUAAUGUGCUACAGUAUUUUCACCCAGCAUAUUUAGUCCGCAACAUGCGUGUUGCAAUGUGUGCGGUGAAGAUUAGCUUGCCCGUUAAUGAAAUGACGACCGCAAGUAGUUAUGUGUUACCAGCACCACGUUACCGACAAGCUGGAGGAACGCGCAGAGCUAGAGUUGGUGACAAUCAGCGGGGUGAAAAGCGGAUUCUUAGUAGGGGCGAAGAGGCCAAGCUGCCGUCCACGAAGCAGCAAUGCACAGAUGCGAUAGUUGAAGAAGGGUACGAUGAACACGAUGCUACUCCUACCAUUUACAAGUUUUUCGCAUCCAACAUCACGUCUGCGAGCACACCAGACAGAGGUGCAUACUACUGCACGAAGUGCAACAAGCCUGGGCACAACGCAAGAACAUGCAGAUUUACAAGCCAGGAAGUCGAAGAAGCAGGAGUAUUGAUUGUCCCUGGUGUGUACGUGCUUGGGGAGUCACCGCUGAAAGCUUGCAGAUUGUCGCCAACGGUGUUGAGCACGACGGAUAGCGAGUUCUUGUGAUAUCAUGCUGGAUAUCAUAGGUCUUCUUUAGGAAUAUUCGCUGCGGAUAUA